GAGCGUUUGGAACCUUGAUUCUCUGGUUCUUCCUGAUCGCGCACAUCAUGGGCUGCGUGUGGUUUCUAGUGCUGGAAAACUCGUUGCCCAACACGGUUGCCAACGUAUCCCACGCGGCAAGAUACCGACAGUCGCUGCUCUUAACCCGCGCGUUCUCGCACUUUCAGAGCUACAAGUAUCUGGAUUUGAGCGAGAGCACGCUUGUGGUACCAAUGAAGAUGGCGAUCUUCGUGUUUGAUGUUGAUUUCGAUGCUGAUUAUUAGAGGAACGAAGUUGUGCUUUUCGCUUUGUUUUGCAUUUUCAUGCCCAGAUGAUUUUUCUGAAAAAUUAACAUAUCAAAUCAGGAAAACGGCACCACCCUCCCGACC